AUGCCUUCCCAAGUGGCGACGUGCCUCCGCAUUGCGCGGCAAUUCUCUGCUGAUCCGGCCAAGCACCAACGCUUCCUCGCCCGUACCUUUUCCAGCAGCGUCCGCCGGGCAGCAAUCAACAAGGUGUUCGCCUCCGCCGAGGAGGCCACUAAGGAUAUGAAGUCGAACUCGACCCUGCUGGCCGGUGGUUUCGGAUUGUGUGGUGUGCCGGAUACCCUGAUCAAUGCUGUGCGCGACAAUACCUCCAUCAACGGCCUGACAGUUGUUAGCAACAACGCCGGUGUCGACGGCUCUGGUUUGGGGCUACUCCUGCAGUCCAAGCAAAUCAAGAAGAUGAUUGCCAGCUACGUUGGCGAGAACAAGACUUUCGAGCGCAUGUACCUGACUGGUGAGAUCGAACUCGAGCUUACUCCCCAAGGAACUCUAGCUGAGCGCUGUCGCUCCGGCGGCGCUGGUAUUCCUGCAUUCUACACCCCGGCGGCGUUUGGCACCGUCGUCCAGACUGGCGAUCUGCCCCUCCGACACAACACCGACGGCACAGUGGCACUUUACAGCCAACCGCGCGAUACUAAAGUGUUCGAUGGCAAGAGCUAUAUUAUGGAGGAGGCGAUCAAGGGUGACUACGCCUUCGUCAAGGCCUGGAAGGCCGACAAGCUGGGUAACUGUCAGUUCCGCUAUGCGGCGGCCAACUUCAACGGCGCUAUGGGCCGCAACGCCAAGAUGACUAUCGUCGAGGCAGAGCACAUCGUUGAGCCUGGUGAGAUUGAGCCGGCGGCGAUUCACCUCCCCGGCAUCUACGUUAAGCGUGUGAUCCAGAGCACCACGGAGAAGAAGAUCGAGAAAUUCACCUUCGCUAAGGAGGAGGGCGCAGACACAUCUGCGCUGGGCAAGGGCGACACUGCCAACAAGCGCGAGCGUAUCGUUCGCCGCGCUGCGAAAGAGUUCAAGAAUGGCAUGUAUGCCAACCUGGGUAUUGGCAUGCCUAUGCUUGCCCCCAACUUCGUUGAUUCCUCUGUUGAGGUAACACUGCAAUCGGAGAACGGCAUUCUGGGCCUGGGCCCGUAUCCCAAGAAAGGCGAAGAGGAUCCAGAUCUCAUCAAUGCGGGCAAGGAGACCGUGACUCUGAACCCUGGCGCAUCCUGCUUUGGCAGCGACGAAUCCUUCGGCAUGAUCCGCUCGGGCCGCAUCGACCUGACCAUCUUGGGUGCUAUGCAGGUCAGCGCCAAGGGUGACUUGGCUAACUGGAUGCUGCCCGGCAAGAUCAAGGGCUUCGGCGGCGCCAUGGAUUUGGUGUCGAACCCAUCCGCCACCAAGGUUGUCGUGACCAUGGAGCACACUGACAAGAAGGGCAAUCCCAAGAUUGUCAAGCAGUGCGAGUUCCCCUUGACUGGCCCUGCCUGUGUCAGCCGUAUCAUCACUGACCUUUGCGUCUUCGACGUCGACUUCACCGACGGUCUAACUCUGAUCGAGAUCGCCGAUGGGGUGACUGUUGAGGAGGUUAAGGCGAAGACUGAGGCUCCUUUCAAGGUCGCCGACGACCUGAAGCCUAUGCUGUAA